AUGGCUUCUUCUGCUACACCAAAGAAGCCGCCUCCAACGAGCGACGCCCUAGCCUCCGCCUCCGCCCUAGCCCCCGACGCCCAUGCCGAAGACGCCUCCGACGAAGCCCGACGCAGAACGCCGACGACGCCUACGACGAGCGAGGUCCGCCGUUGCCCACGAGCCGUCGCCUCCCACGAGGGAGGUCCGCUGCCUCCGACGAGCGAGGUCCGUCUCCUCGCGCCAACGCCGACCCCUAGCCUUCGACGAGCGAGGUCUGUCUCCUCGCGAUUUGCCUGCCCCCUCGCCCGCCGGUCCCGACCUCCGCCGUCGCCUCCGCCCGCCCACCCCGUGGCCUCCGCCGGCCCAAGAGCAACCCGCCCGCCGGUCCCGACCUCCGCCGUCGCCUCCUUCCGCCCAAGAGCAGCUGGGUCUCGAGCUCUGACCGCCGUCGCCUCCGCCGCCAAACCCAGCUCGGUGCUCCUCCCCAACGGCCUUGGAUGGGGGAGCGGUGGUGGUCUCUUCUCCGUCGAUUUCGUCGGCCUCUGCUGUAAGUACAAGCGGGCCAAGCGUCGGCUCGGCGUCUCCCGCUCCAGGGGCCUCCCGCGCCUCCUCUUAGCCGGCAAGCCCGCGCCGCCUUCCUCGGUGAAGGCCGUGCUCCAUCUCGAGCGGGCCGGCCAUUCGUCGUCCCCCCGCGGCGAGCCGCCUCGUCAGUCCGGGGACAAGCUUCAGCACCGAACGGUUUGGGUCAGUGGCAAUAAUUUUGGAUCUUGAAAAUCUCGUUUGGAAUCUUGGAUUGUUUCUGCAGACCUACUUCGGAUGCUUAUGAGCCUUCUCUGGGUUGCUGCUUAAAUUACAGUGUUCAAUUGAUGUAGAGAAUAACCAGUGUUCGUCAUGGGUUACAAACGAGUGCACUGUCCCCUGGUCCCUUUAGAUGAACAAAUGGGAUGAAAUAGCUCGCGUGCCUUGAUAUGCUUUCACUUCUUUUUCUUGAAGCAGUUAAUGAGGAACCAUUUAGGAGUUAGAAUUGUGACGUUGCUGCU